GCGAGGGCGGGGAAGAAAACCACCCUGUUUCCUCUCCGGCCCCCACCGCGGAUCAUGUACCAGGAUUAUCCCGGGAACUUUGACACCUCGUCCCGGGGCAGCAGCGGCUCUCCUGCGCACGCCGAGUCCUACUCCAGCGGUGGCGGCGGCCAGCAGAAGUUCCGGGUAGAUAUGCCUGGCUCAGGCAGUGCCUUCAUCCCUACAAUCAACGCCAUCACCACCAGCCAGGACCUGCAGUGGAUGGUACAGCCUACAGUGAUUACCUCCAUGUCCAACCCUUAUCCGCGAUCACAUCCCUACAGUCCCCUGCCAGGCCUGGCUUCAGUCCCUGGGCACAUGGCUCUCCCCAGACCUGGAGUGAUCAAGACCAUUGGUACCACUGUGGGCCGCAGAAGGAGAGAUGAGCAGCUGUCUCCUGAAGAGGAGGAAAAGCGUCGGAUCCGGAGGGAGAGAAACAAGCUGGCUGCAGCCAAGUGUCGGAACCGUCGCCGUGAGCUGACAGAGAAGCUGCAGGCGGAGACAGAGGAGCUGGAGGAGGAGAAGUCUGGUCUGCAGAAAGAAAUCGCUGAGCUGCAGAAGGAGAAGGAAAAGCUGGAGUUCAUGCUGGUGGCCCACGGCCCUGUGUGCAAAAUCAGCCCGGAGGAGCGCCGAUCGCCCCCCACCUCCGGGCUGCAGUCCUUACGCGGUACGGGCAGUGCCAUUGGCCCAGUAGUGGUGAAGCAGGAGCCUCCCGAAGAGGACAGCCCCUCUUCCUCAGCAGGGAUGGACAAGAGCCAGCGCUCUGUCAUCAAACCCAUCAGCAUCGCCGGGGGUGGUUUCUACGGGGAAGAGCCUCUGCACACCCCCAUCGUGGUGACCUCCACACCUGCCAUCACUCCGGGCACUUCAAACCUUGUCUUCACCUACCCCAGUGUCCUGGAGCAGGAGUCGCCUGCGUCGCCCUCAGAAUCCUGCUCCAAGGCUCACCGCAGAAGCAGUAGCAGUGGGGACCAGUCGUCAGACUCCUUGAACUCCCCCACCCUGCUGGCCCUGUAACCCUGCGCUCCUCUGGCCAGCUCUGAAGGAGUCCUCAUCCAUCAUUGCCACACUCUUCCCAGGGACCAGCACCUUUAAAGCACUCCGGGGCCAUGAGGGCAAACGUGGCUCCUUGGCUCUGGGGACCCUACCCGAUAGGACUUAGUGGUGAGACAUUGGUUGAUCUCUUAGAAGCCCUGGGAUUCCCCCCUACCCCCUUCCCUCUUCAUCUUGCAAGCGUAUCCCCUUUCUUGAGAAGCCGCAGAGAACUUGGUUUGUGGACUCAGACCUGUCUCCCGCUUCUGAAGCCCCUCCCCCCGGAGCUGGCCCAGUUGGUUCCAAUCCCUCCCUUUGUUAUUCGUUGUCUCUGGAGUGACAGUGUCCUUUUCUGCCCUACCAAGCAUGCUCAGUGCCUUUUGGUUUCCCCUCCUUCCCCUGGUAUCAGUUUCGCUCCUUCUGGGUUUUUAUGAAAUUUGCCAUGACAUUUCAUCUGGGUGGUCCAGAUAUUAAAGCGCUUUUGUUUCUGGA